AUGGCAAAGUCAGUCGAUUUCUCCGUUUUCAGUGUUCUGGUGACCGGAUCCGAUCGGGGGAUUGGUCUGAGUCUGGUGAAGAGGUUUCUGGACCUGCCCUGUCCUCCCAAAUGGGUCUUUGCUACAACCCUUGACCUGGAGGGAGAAGACAACAAGGAGCUGAAGGAGUUGGCAUGCCAGUGUCAGAAUCUGGUGGUUUUACAAUUAGAUGUCACUAAACUUGAGAGCAUCCAGGCGGUUGUGAAAGAAAUGCAGAAGUGUGUUGGAGAAAGUGGAUUGACCCUCCUUAUCAACAAUGCUGGCCUUAAAGUGGGCAACAACCUGGACAGGGAAAACGCCAAGGAUAUGAUGAGGGUAUAUUCUGUCAAUACUAUUGGACCCCUGCAAAUGAGUCAGGCUUGUCUGCCCCUGCUGAAGCUGGCAGUCCGGAGAAGUCCAUGUCAAGGGUUGAGCUCCAGCAAAGCAGCCAUUAUCAAUAUCUCCAGCGUCUUAGGCUCACUUGAACUUAUGAAACGUUGGGACACAGUGCAAAAAGUCGCCUACCGCUGCAGUAAGACUGCUCUAAAUAUGCUCACCAAAUGCCAGUCACUUGACUACGCAGCCCAUGGGAUUCUGUGUGUAGCCCUCCAUCCUGGUCGGGUGAAAACAGAUCUUUCUUUGCAACAGGGGGAUAUAUCUGUGGAAGAGAGCACACAAGGCAUCAUCACUGUGCUAUCUCUGCUCUCUGAGGAGGACAAUGGGACCUUUCUGGAUUGGUUAGGCCGGCCAAUUCCUUGGUGA